AUGGCAUCUCCUGCGCCUAGGACGCCCGCCAGUUCAGCCACGCCGACCUCACCAACCGCAUCAUCGCCUCGGCCUCGUGAAAAACCACCUUCAAAGAUUCCGGUCCGAGUUAAUUCCACAAAAGUGGCCGUGCCAGAGCUUAAAGCUGCCCUAGAAAGGGCAGUAAGAGCAAGAGGAACCCAUUAUUCGAAUAUUCUGGCGUUUGCUGUGUACUGGGACGAUGACAAUACACUCGCUAAGGAAGACAAUCAAACAUUUAUUGCCAUGAUGCGUGAUAUAUUCGACAUUCCCUGCGAAACCUUUGUGCUUCAAAGCAAAAGCCCGAUUCCAGCAUGGGACCUGAAACUGCAGCUCAUCCAAGGAAUCAAAGCGAAACUCAAGAACCAAAAACCAUCUCUCAUCGUAUUUUUCUAUGCCGGUCAUGGGGUGAUUAAUAAUCUGGACGGGCUGUCUUUCUCUAGCCGGAAAGGCAACAAGCUAGUUUCAUGGAGCAAACUGCAAAGUGACUUGACCCUUCAUGAAGUGCAAGCAUUAGCUCUCCAGAUUCUACACAUGUGUGAGCUGCCUGUGGCGCGCCCGUAUGUACGGGCGACUAAGUAUGCCACCGGCACAUACAACAGUCUACCCUAUAAAGAUUCACCCACCCCUAAUAAGAUCAUCUUUACCACCACACGCUUAUUCCGUAACACACUGGUAGCAUGUCCGGUUAAUCCAGAGGUUUCUCUGGGUGGGCUUACCUUUCGGUUAUCGAAUUGUCUGGUGUCUCUUACACCCCUGGGUUACCAGGGGUGGAGGGAAGCGUUCAGAUCUUUACCACCACACGCUUAUUCCGUAACAGUGCAGAAGGAGACUCCAGCUGGUGCCUAUAUGCCUCGAUUCUCGAGUCACAGUGGGGUAAAGCCGAUCAUUCUGCCGUUCAAAGUCACAGCUACUUCUAGUUCUGGAAUUUCUUCUUCGGGAGCGUCAUCGUCUGGGCAUAAAUCGAGUUUAAUGCCUUCUUUGCCUUCAAGAACACCGCCACUACUAGCCCACAAUCGAGAAACACAAGUGCUCGUCAUGCUCAUACUCAAGGGAAAAGCUACGGAAGUGGUACGGGAUUAUCAAAAAGCUAUCGAAACAAAGCCUGGCAAGUUUCAAAUAAAGAUAACUGAUGCGUCUGAGACCAGCGCAUCAGCCGGCGUGUUUGUCCGAAUGACAUGGGAAGCAUUUGCCCGCUUGCUGUCAACUGUCAACAUGGAGCCACUGCUUCCUAUUGUUGGGCCCUCGCUUAUUAGCACCCAACUUCGUGAGGUUCCCAUUAUUCCCGCAAGAGAGAACCUGCCAUUUAGGGAGAGUGCUCAGCGCAAAGAAUGA